CCGAGCGCUUCCGAAGCGGCGCCGAGGUGUCCCGAACCGUCCCGUCCUGCUGGACUCGGCUUCAGGCGGCCCGCAAAGCGCCAUGUUGAGCUAACGUUAAAUCUGCGACCUUAAAUGAUAGAAAAGCGAGCGGGAAUAUCGGGAUUACGGAGCUCAGGAGCGGGAUGCCGGCAGGAGCUCGCGUGUGAAGCGGGCCUGGAGACGCGCCGGACCGGUACCGGGACUGCUAUCUGCGGAGGUUCGGGGUGGAGACGGGAGGAGAGGCGCCCUGAUGAAGAGCCUACAGCCCGGAGAACACAGAGCCCCGUCCGCCCCCAGAAAUGCCUUUUUACCCCAAAAAACGCAGCGCGCCUGAGCGAAGCCGUGCUGAGGGAAGCGCCGAGUAGCCGAGCUGCGGGAUUUUCUCCUUAUUUUUGUCGGAUUUUUGCCUGUUUGAGAUGAGUUUAGCACCCAAAGGGGUGCCCAAACCCACCGGCGGAGUUACGGUUGGUGGAGCCGUGGCAGGGCCGCCGCCGGCCGGCCAGCUGAGGGCGAGUCUGCCGCCGGUUCCUCUUCCUCCUGGAGCUCAGAGCGCCGCGCAGCCUCCCGCAGCGGUACCCCCGCCUCAAAUCCCCCGCGUGCCGCUGUCACUGGAGGAGCGGAUAUUUCCAGCCCAGCCGGGGGUGACUGCGGUCUACAGCGUUCCUCGGCACCCGGGUCCUCCAUAUCCAGGCCAUGAUCUGAGUAAAGCCCAUCCUAACCUGGGAGGAGCUCCACCCACUCUGUCUCAGAUCUCCACCCCCGCCGCCCCGUACCGCUAUAUAAAGGGCUGGGAAACAGGUGGAGGGCCUUCCUACAGCCAGACACAGAACGCCUCCUCCACCCCCAUCGUUUAUUCUCCACAGACUCAACCAAUGAACAUACAGCCUCCCAGCAGACCAGCGUCUUCUCCAUACCUGCUCCCGCACCUCCUCUCUCUGCACCAGUUUGUGACCGGGCCCCGACCCGCCCACCACCAGUUUCUACACAGGGCUCAGAUGCAGACCACUCGUCCUGCUCUCCCCACGAACGCUCCCUCCAUCCGAGCCAGCUCUCAGACUCCGGCUGCUGCAGUCUACCCUCCCAAUCAGACCAUCAUGAUGACCAUGACCCCCAUGCCCUUCCCCUCCCCACAGGCAGCCCAGUACUACAUCCCACAGUACCGUCACAGCGCCCCCUAUGUUGGACCCCCGCAGCAGUACUCUGUGCCACCACCCGGCUCCGGAACCUUCUACUCCGGACCUGGACCCGGGGAAUACCCCACACCAUACGCUGCAGCAGCUGCAGGUCCGGCGUAUUUUCCGGGUCAGACGGUGUUCCCCUCCUCCGCCCCCAUCAUAGUGCCUACAGUCCAGCAGCAGCAGCAGCAGCAGCAGCCUCCACCCGCCAAGCGCGAGAAAAAGCCAUCCUCACAGAUCCGGAUCCGGGAUCCCAACCAGGGUGGAAAGGACAUCACGGAGGAGAUCAUGUCCGGGAGCAGGAAUCCCACCCCCCCUAUGGGCCGCACCUACUCCACCCCCACACCUCCUCAGCAGCGGAGCGCCAGUCAGACUCCAGAGCAGAUAUCCUACAGCAUGGAUCCACCCUACAGACUCAGCCCUGUGUCUACAGACAUCAAACCUGCCUCAGAGGAAAAGCCUAGAACGGACUCCGGCCCCCGUAAAGCAUCGUCUCCUGAACUCAGGCCUUCAGAUUCCUCUACAGACAGAAGGGAAGCUUCCAGUCUUCCGUUAUCAGACUCCUCCUCCUCCCCCUCUCUCCUGGAACCAGAGAUCUCCCUCUCUGCAUCUCCCCCCAGCCUCCCUCUUCCUCUUCCUCUUCCUCUUCCUCUCAGCACCUGUAAGCCCACCGCCGCAGGAGAACCUGAGGAGCAUCUCCCGGCGGUUCCUGCGGUUCCUGCGCUUUUAGCUCAAACUCAAACACCGGAUACAGAAAUCUCUCCUCCAGAAGCUUCUCCCAGUCCGUCCGCCUCCCCCUCGCCUCCUCCCAAAGCCGUUAACGGUUUAUCCGAGUCUCCGGCUCCGUCUCCCUGCGGCGAAUCAGAUUUUCAAUCUCAGGAGAUCCUUCCUGCUCCUCUCCCCAACCAUCUCCUCUCAGCGCUGAGCCCGGUUCUGCUGGAUCCUCCUCAGAACGAAGCGCAGGUUUUAAGAGAGCAUCUCCUCCAGACAGAGGGUCAUCAGCCUUCUUCAGCACUCGACUCCGGUUCCCAGCCUUCAUCCACCUCCUCGAGCAUCAGCGUGACUCCUCUAGCGCCCCCUCCUGGACUCUCCAUGGUGCUUCUGCCGACUUCCAGCGAAAGUGAUGAAAUUAACAGAAGCACAGACUCAAACAUCCUGCUGAAAAAUGAAGCUGCACUGCAGGAGACCCACGCUAACGUCUACCCAGAUGCACAGAGUGCACAAACUAACUCCAGAAAAAUGAUGCCAACAGCACAAGCUGCUUCUGUUGCACCAAAGGGCUGGAAAAGACCAAAUGAAGAGUGUGUGGAUGUGGAGCCUCUUCACAAGGAGAAGGAGGAGGCGGUCAGUAAGGACGAGUCUUCUCGGGACGAGACGUCUGGACAGGAGAGCAGGAACGGUUCAGCUCCAGCGGAGGAAGUGCAGGAGAACCUGGCGGUUCUGGAGGAGAACGGAGAACCUGAUCCGGAGCCACUGCGUAACGGAGCCGGACACGCGUCAGAGACGGAGAGUGUGGACAGUGGGAGCACUGAGGACAAGAAGACCUCUACAGGAACUCCACUAAUCAUCCAGGAGGAGUCUGAGCCGCCCAAUGGUAAGAAGCAGUAUGACCGGGAGUUCCUGCUGGGGUUCCAGUUCAUGCCGGCGUGUGUGCAGAAACCAGAGGGCCUUCCUCCAAUCAGUGACGUCGUUCUGGACAAGAUUAAUCAGACUAAAGUCCCGCUGAUCCGGAUGGUGGAUCCCCGGCUGAUGAUCCGAGGGCCCGACUUCACCCCAGCGUUCGCUGACUUCACCCGCCAGUUACCCGGGAUGAGAGGACCACCCCUGCUCAGUCUCGGAGCUCGUCGGCCGCCGCCGCGUAAAAUCAUAAUGAACGUCUCUGUGAACGACGAUGUUCAGCUGAAGAAAGCAGAAAACGCCUGGAAACCCGGCAUGAAGAGAGAAGCUGCUACUGAAGACCAGGAGACCCAGAAAACACAGGAUGUUCUGAAGAAGGUCCGCAGCAUCCUGAAUAAGCUGACGCCGCAGAUGUUCACGUCCCUGAUGAAGCAGGUGACAGAUCUCACCAUAAACACAGAGGAGCGUCUGAAAGGAGUGAUAGAUCUGGUGUUUGAGAAAGCCAUCGACGAGCCCAGCUUCUCUGUGGCCUACGCCAACAUGUGCCACUGCCUGGCUACGCUGAAAGUACCCAUGGCGGAUAAACCCGGCACCACCGUGAACUUCAGGAAGCUCCUCCUGAACCGCUGCCAGAAGGAGUUUGAGAGAGAUAAAAUGGACGAUGCUGCUUUUGAGAAGAAGCAGAAGGAGCUUGACUCUGCAUCAUCGGUGACUGAGAAGGAGCGUCUGCAGGAGGAGUUGGAGGAGGCGAAGGAUAAAGCUCGCCGUCGCUCCACAGGAAACAUCAAGUUCAUCGGGGAGCUGUUUAAGCUGCGGAUGCUGACCGAGCCCAUCAUGCACGACUGUGUGGUGAAGCUGCUGAAGAACCACGACGACGAGAGUCUGGAGUGCCUCUGCCGCCUCCUCACCACCAUCGGCAAAGACCUGGACUUCGAGAAGGCCAAGCCUCGUAUGGACCAGUACUUCCACCAGAUGGAGAAAAUCGUCAAGGAGCGAAAAACCUCAUCACGGAUCCGCUUCAUGCUGCAGGACGUGAUAGACCUCAGACUGCAUAACUGGGUCUCCCGCAGGGCUGAACAGGGACCCAAGACCAUCGAGCAGAUCCAUAAAGAGGCGAAGAUUGAAGAGCAGGAGGAGCAGAGGAAAGUCCAUCAGCAGCUUCUGUCCAAGGAUAAGAGACGACCAGAACCGAGGGAGUUACGAGGUUCUGUCAGAGAGGAGACCUGGAAUACGGUACCGGUCACCAAAAACAGCAGAACCAUCGACCCCUCCAAAAUCCCCAAAAUCUCCAAGCCUCAGAUGGAUGAUAAGAUCCAGUUGGGGCCGGCGAGAGCUCAGCUGAACUGGAUGAAGGGCAGCAGUGGAGGAGCUAAAGCCAGCGAUUCUGAACUCUCCCGCAGUGGUAACAGUAGUCUGAACCGGUAUUCAGCUCUGCAGUCGUCCGCUGCUCAGUCACCGUUACCACCAACACAGAACCCUGAACCCGACAACAGACGACCUCUAGCCAGUCGAGGCAGCAGUAGUCGGGGUGAGAAGGUGUUGAGUUCGGUCCCCUCGCGGCCCCUGGGUCGUGGCAGCAGCAAUAAGGAGCUUCUGGAAGCUGUGGCCCCUGAAGAGCCACGCAGAGAAAACACCCCCCCUCGCAAAACCAGCGUCUCCGAGGAGCGCAGCGACACACAGCUCAGCAAACCCAGAGAACCCUCAGUAAAAAGGGAAAGUCCAGUAACGGUGGUUCCAGCUAAACCUGCUGUAUCUGAGGAGGAAAUGGAGAGAAAAUCAAAGUCCAUCAUCGAUGAGUUCUUACACAUCACUGACUAUAAGGAGGCGGUGCAGUGUGUGGAGGAGCUGGAUCAGGGUUCUCUGGCUGUGUUUGUGAGGGUGUGUGUGGAGUCCACGCUGGAGCGCAGUCAGAUCUCCAGAGAGCACAUGGGUCACCUCCUAUACCAACUCACCCAGCAGAGCAUCCUCCCCCGAACACAGCUAUACACAGGGUUUGCUGAUACUCUGGAGAUGGCUGAUGAUAUGGCCAUAGAUAUUCCUCACAUCUGGCUGUACCUGGCUGAGCUGCUGUGUCCUCUGCUUAAAGAAGGAGGAAUCCCCAUGAGAGAACUUUUCAGUGAACUAAGUAAACCGUUACUCCCAGUGGGAAGAGCCGGUGUGUUGUUAUCAGAAAUACUGCAUCUACUAUGCAAGCAAGUGAGCCAUAGGAAAGUAGGAGCUUUAUGGAGAGAAUCUGGUCUGAACUGGAGCGAUUUCUUGUCAGAAGAUGAGGAUCUCCAAAGCUUCAUCUCAGAGCAGAAGCUUCAGUUCACUCAGUCCGACUCUUCCUCCAGUCCUUCAUCUCCCUCCAAACCCAGCCUGCCUCCAGAGGAGCUUCACACACAGCUGGAGAACCUCCUGCUGGUGGACAUGGCCACUGAUGAGCAGAUCUUUGACUGGGUGGAGGCGAAUUUAGAUGAAUCUCAGAUCAGCUCCUCUCUGUUUCUGAGAGCUUUAAUGACGGCGGUGUGUAAGGCUGCAGUUAAAGAUGAGAAUACGUCCUGCAGAGUGGACACGGCCAUCAUCCAGAAGCGUCUGCCGGUUCUGCACAAGUACUUUAACGCAGAUACUGAGCGGCAGCUGCAGGCGCUGUACGCUCUCCAAGCAUUAAUAGUGACCCUGGAUCAACCACCCAAUCUGCUGCGGAUGUUCUUCGACUGCCUCUACGACGAGGACGUGAUUUCAGAGGAUGCUUUCUACAGGUGGGAGACGAGUAAAGACCCGGCGGAGCAGCAGGGGAAGGGCAUAGCGCUAAAAUCCGUCACCGCCUUCUUCACCUGGUUACGGGAGGCGGAGGAGGAGUCGGAGGAUAAUUGACGAGGGGAGGCGGCGGCCGCCUGCGUGAGGCCCCGAGGCACGCUGCUGCUGCUCAUCAUAAACUCACAAUAAGAAUAAAUCUUCGUAAAAAAAAGUCUUCGUAACUCGUAACCGACUCUAGAGUCGUCCUCCUCCCCCUGGUGGCGAGACACAGGCGCUGCGGCGGCAGAUUUCUGCGGUACGGCUUUGGAUCGCUCCGGUUUAUCGUGUUCGAGUUCCUUCGCUGAGAGGGACGGGCCAGUACAGCCCCUUGUAUCAUAUAUAGAAAAUAUUCUUUUUGUUUUUCUGAUUUUAAAUGUAAUUGUUUUUUUUUUUUUUGCUCCUUUUGUUACUUUUAAAGAAAAAGAAAAGACUUUACGAAAUAGGUUCUGAAAUCAAUAAUUUAUUAUUUUUUUAAAACAAGGCCACAAAUAAAAAAAAUAAAAAAACACACGGAAGUCUAUUUAACAUUUGCAGGUGCUCACCGUCGAGGAAGUCACUGAUAAUAGAAAUAACAGAUUAAAUAUCUUCAUGAUAUUAUAACAGUAAUAGUUAUUAAGGAAUGUGUCAUUUUGGCCUGCCCGAGAUUUCCGUGUCGUUGCAGAUGUUUCUGAAAUGUUUUUCUCUGGUUCUUCAGAUGUUCAUUUUCUCAGGUUCUCUUGAGCUACACCAGAAACUGCUCCUCAUCAAUUUUUGUUUGAUUUCAAUUCGUCUCCAACUAAAGUAAUGCAUCCGAGAAGAAAUGCUGAAGAUUUAAGACUCAACAUGACGAGAACAAACACUAAAAUAAAUGCAUUUGAGAGAUGAACGAACCACACACUACUAAUGCAAGUCAAAAACAGGGCCAGGGCUGCUCUGUCUGCUUGUGUACAAAAAUUAAAGACCUAUAGAGAAAAUGUAAAACUUGUAAAUAUAUUAAAGAUAUUCAAAAAAGAAAAA